AUGGGAUGUAUGGACAAAAUGGCUAUUUUCAGAUGGCUGCGCCGUAUGGUUAUUCAUACCCCCCACCUCAGUGAGGGAAAUGAAUGUAGUUACGAUGUAUUAAUGCUACCGGAAGCUCCUCUACGAUUUUUAGAUUUUCUGUCACACCUUACACCAGUAGAUUCAUUCUUCAUUCGCAUCUCGCAACGCCGCAACACGCGCUCGUUCCUGUACAACGUUCUUUGGCGAAGAAUCAAAUCACUCCACUUUCUUCAUUUCUUAUACUUUCCACUCUCGCAUCCCAUGUCCAUAACACAUCGGACCAAUAACAAAACGUACAAAACGGAAACUCCACCGGCUGAUGCUCCAAUCGAGAUUCUCAAUCAAUUUUAUUGGACAAAUGAACAAGAACCUCAUGUGCAACGCAGAAAAUUGAUCCUAAAAAGACACCCCGAGGUGUCCAAACUCACCGGAUAUGAACCCAAAACCAAGUGGUAUGUCAUUGGAGUCGUUUUGCUCCAACUAACGGUGGCGUAUCUUCUUCGGAAAACGCCUCUUAACAGCUGGAAAUUCAUAGUCACCGCAUACGUGAUCGGAGCCACCGCCAACCAGGCGAUUUUCUUGGCUAUCCAUGAGCUUUCCCACAAUCUCUUGUUCAAAAAACCAAUCCACAAUAAACUCUUUGCUAUAUUUGCAAACAUCCCCAUUGGAAUUCCAUACCUGGCGCUGUUCCAGCCAUACCACCAACUCCAUCACAAAUUUUUAGGCGAUGCCUAUCUCGAUACCGAUCUUCCCACUCACUGGGAAGGCAUCCUUCUCUCCAAUGUGUUGGGAAAGGUUUUUUUCGCCUGCUGCCAAAUCUUUUUCUAUGCUUUACGUCCCAUGUUCAUCACCCAGAUCCAGUUCACCUAUAUUCAUUUACUCAACAUUAUUGGCCAAGUAUUGGCUGAUGUGUUGGUGGUCAAGUUCAUGGGUGUCAGAGCCUUGGGCUAUUUCAUAAUGAGCUCGUUUUUGGCGGGUCUGUUGCACCCUUGUGCGGGACACUUUAUAGCUGAGCAUUAUGUGCUCAACGAGAACAACAAUUCCCGGCGGGAAUUCGAUGCCAAAAAGGUCAAUAUUCCACCUGAACUUCUCCCAGCAGAAACUUACCUGUACUAUGGACCCCUCAACAAGCUCACUUGGAACGUUGGUUACCACAAUGAACACCAUGAUUUCCCAUACAUAGCCUGGACAAAACUCCCCGAAUUGCGCCGCAUUGCUGCUGACUUCUACGACCCCCUUCCUCACGUUGACUCUUGGUGUGGAGUCAUCUGGUGGUUCUGCUUCAACGAUGUCAAUACACUUUGGAACAGAGUCAAAAGAACAGGCAAAGAAAAGCACGGCACCAAGGUUAGCUGCAAAUUGGACGAGAACUGA